AACACUGACUGGAGUAUCAAGAAGAGGGGCUUCUGUGCUGGUGAAACUUGGAUAAAUUUAUGUAAUUGCUGCUAGAAAAAGGUAACAGUGGACAGAAAUACAGGAGCAGGGGUAUUUGUAAGGAAUUAAGUAUAAGAAUAAAACAGGAAAAAUAUUUUAAUUGGGAUUUGAGAGAAAAAUAAUGGAAAAGAGUGAGAAACUUCAAGAAUUGAUUACCUCUGAACAAAUGAUAAAAGAAAAGAAAAAUUUGUCUUAUGACUGUGACAUCUGUAAAAAGGUUUUCUCUCUCAAAGGUAACCUAAUUUCCCACAAAUGUAUUCAUGCAGGAGAGAAACCGUAUCAUUGUGAUGUUUGUGUUAAAUCAUUCUCUCAAAAUUAUGCUUUAAAGAGACACCAACGUAUUCAUACAGGAGAGAAGCCAAAUUACUGUGAGAUCUGUGGUAAAUCAUUUUCUGAAAGUUUCAAUUUAUCUUCACACAAACAUACUCAUACGGGAGAGAAGCCAUAUCGUUGUGAUAACUGUGGUAAAUCAUUCUCUGAAUAUAGUGCCUUAACUGUACACAAUCGUAUUCAUACGGGAGAGAAGCCAUAUCGGUGUGAUAUCUGUGGUAAAUCAUUCUCUGAAAAUAGUGCCUUAACUGCACAUAAACAUAUUCACACAGGAGAGAAGCCAUAUCGUUGUGAUAUCUGUGGUAAAUCAUUCUCACAAAGUAUUCACUUGACUGUACACUAUCGUAUUCAUACGGGAGAGAAGCCAUAUCGGUGUGAUAUCUGUGGUAAAUCAUUCUCUCAAAGUAUUCACUUGACUGUACACAAUCGUAUUCAUACGGGAGAGAAGCCAUAUCGUUGUGAUAUCUGUGGUAAAUCAUUCUCUCAAAGUAUUCACUUGACUGUACACAAUCGUAUCCAUACAGGAGAGAAGCCAUAUCGGUGUGAUAUCUGUGGUAAAUCAUUCUCUGAAAAUAGUGCCUUACUAAGACACAAACACGAUGAAAGUGAUGAAGAAAGGCGCAUUGCAGUUAAUCCUUUAAACCAAAGUAUUUUGAUGUCUCCAGAAAAAGUUUCUACUAUAACCUCCAGAUCAACCACUGUUUCUCAAACUAUAGAGGAUAAAGAAAACAUCAAUGUUUGCAGAGUUGAUCCUGAAGUGAAAGACUCAGUACCUCAAGCUAAGUAUGAGGCAAACAAUACUGAUAAACAAGCACAAGAUAUAUCAUUUCUAGAGAAAGUCAAGGCAGAUGUUCCACUAUCUUCUGCUGCUGCUACUUCUUCAGAAAAGAGCUUGUUAUUUACAAAUGAUUUUAAUUGUCCCGCUUCAUUGAGCACUGAACUUUUUCUUUAUAAUUAUGUUCAUGCACAUACAAAAGAUGAUGGCAAGAUUCAAACACCUGAUGAGUCAAAAGAAAAUGAUUCUUUAUCAGACUCUCCUCAUUUGGAUAAAUUUUUGUAUCAAGGUAACCAUACUGUUUAUUUUGAUAGGAAUGAUUCAAUGGACUUAACAAAACCUUUGGGAAAAUAUCUCACAGCAUGUAAUGAAAGCAAGGAUGAUAUUGUCAGUAGUCCUGAUGGUCAUAUAAUUGGAUACUACAAUCAAAAUAAUAGCUAUGAUGAAAAAACUAUUUAUUUCAAUAAAACUCAUUAUGCAGCUGGUAAUAUGGACUUGACAUGCUGUAACACCAUAACAAUUGCUGAUUUUCCUGAAAGUAAAAGACCAGUUGAGAUUAUCAAUGUGAAGGAUGUAGAAAAUAUUGAGAAUUUUUGUGAAAACAAGCAGUUUAAUAAAGAUGAAAGUUUUUGUAAACCAACUAAAGACCUAAAUAACCCAUUAAGAUUACCAGCAGAUAAUUAUAUGCCACCCUCUUCUAAUAAUUCUAUUGUUCAGCUGCCUAGUCUUGCUUCAAAGAAUAUAAUUGACAAAAAAAAAAACAUACCAUGUGAAUUGAAUGGAAUGUCGUCUGAUAAUUUCAAAUCAAAUAGUAAUGCAAAAGAUGGUCUUGGUUCAUCAAAUACAUAUGAUAUAAUUGAACCAGCCAUUAACAAACCAACUGAAAAGAAAUCUGAUUUCAAGAACCAUGUUCAGCCAGUGACUACCAGUGAAUCAGUUCCUGAGAAGUUAGUUCUUAAAGAAAGUACAGAGUCUUAUAUGGUAGAAUCUUCUAGGUCCUGUCCAAAAAAGACUCUGGUUGAUACAUCGCAGUCAACUUCAAAAGAAUUGACUGUAACUAAAUCCACCAAAUCAUUUCUAAACACACAAGAAUUAUUUGAUUCUACUCAGUUUAAUGAUGGUAAAUUUAGUAAAUUAGCUAAAGAACUUAAAACUAGUGCUUCAAAUUUGCCAGCAGAUAACUGUAUUCUACCAUCUAAUAAUUUUGAUCGGUCUAAUCUUCCCCCAAAGAAAACAUGCCAUAUGAAUUAA